CAAGAAGUUUUGGUUAAGAAUCUUGUAAUGAAAAUUAAACAAGAACUGUUUUCACCGGAUGUUGAUCUUGUUUCUCUUGUUCCUCCUUCUCCUUACGACACUGCGUGGCUGUCUAUGAUUCCGAAUCCUCAUCGAGGAUCAGAUGAACCCUUGUUCAAGGGAUGCUUGGAUUGGGUGCUCCAACACCAAAGCACGAGGCUUUUGGGGAGAUGAUGAUCAUGUUCCAACCCUAGGGUCCCUCACUUCAACUCUUGCGUGCAUUGUUGCACUUACCACAUGGGAUGUUGGCUAUGAUGCCAUUCAGAAAGGGCUGGCAUUCAUCCAUGCAAGUACAGAGAAGCUACUGGAAGAGCAAAAUGGUACUUUUCCUGAGUGGUUUGUGAUUGUUUUCCCAGCAAUGGUGGAACUUGCACAGACCAAAGGACUGCGUGUUUAUUUUUCUCAUGGUUCAACAGCGCUGGUAGAACAAGUCUUCCAAGAGAGAAAACAAAUAUUUCAAAUGCACAGGUUGGUGCAAAGUGGUGAUCAGCAACAGUACUAUUCACUAGAGUUUAUGCAAUACCUCGAAGCUUUGCCUGAAACAUAUGAUAUUAACUCCAAUGAGACUCUACUAAUAUCCCAAAGUGAGGAAGAUGGACUGUUUAUCCAAUCCCCAUCAGCUAUUGCUUAUGCUUUCAUGAAGACAGGACGCAAGGAGUUUUUGUCCAAGUUGGAUUCUAUUGUCCAAAGAUGUGGGUUCUCAGUUCCUGCAAUCUACCCCAUGGAUGAAGACCUUCUAAGGGUUUGCCUCAUUAAUCGGAUUGAGAGGCUGGGACUGGAAGAGCAUUUCAUGGCGGAGAUAAAAAGUAUGCUGGGACAAGUUUACAGAAGUUACAUCAGUUGCGAAGAGCCAAAGAGCAAGGAGGUGUUACAACUAUAUAAAGAUUCACUCGCAUUUCGACUUCUCAGACUACACGGUUAUACAGUAUCUCCUCGGAAGUUCUGCUGGUUCCUUGAUGAUGAAGAUAAAAUGUUUUACAUAGAAGAGCACCACGAAAUUUUUCUGCGAGCCAUAUAUAAUGUAUACAGGGCAACUGAUGUGACCUUUACAGGAGAAAGUCAGCUUGAGGAUGUUAAGGAGUUCUGUAGAAGAAUAUUAGAAAAGCAGACAUUGAAAGAUUCUAAGAAUUUGGUUGGGCCUACCAGUAUGACUUACUUGCAAGACCAGAUUAAGCAUGAAAUUAGUAUUCCAUGGCUUGCUCGGUUGGAUCAUCUGGAGCACAGGAAGUUCAUUGAGAGGGAAGAGCCUGUUGGUCCAUGGACAGGAAGAGGCUUAUCCUACGGAUUAUCAUGUCAAAGCAAGGGCAAGCUGCUACAACUUGCUAUCGAGAAUUAUACACUACGGCAGUCCAUGUUCAGAAAUGAAUUAAAGGAGUUAGAAAUGUGGUCAAAGGGCAUGGGUCUUGUUGAAAUGGGGUUUGCUCGACAGAAAACCGCGUACUGCUAUUUCGCCGUUGCUUCAACAGUAUCACAUUCUUCCCUGUCAUGUGUACGGCUGGCAGUUGCCAAAGGUGCAGUAAUUGUUACAGUUGCUGAUGAUUUUUUUGAUAAGGAAGGUCCAAUGAAUGAAUUGGAAGCUCUUGCCAAUGCCGUCAAGAGAUGGCAGAACGAAGGAUUGGAUGGACAUGGAAAAACUAUAUUCAAGGCUCUCAAAGAUUUUGUUGAUGAUAUUUCUUGGCAAUUCUUCAAUCAAAAUGGAUAUGACAUAAAGAGUUAUCUCCAGGAUCUAUGGCAGCAAACAUUUGUAAGCUGGUUAAAAGAAGCAGAAUGGAGCAGAAAUGGGCAUCCCUCGUCAAUUGUUGAAUACCUCCAAGUAGCCACAUGCUCGAUUGCUUCACACACUAUUCUUCUUUCAGCUGCUCUUCUGCUUAGUACACCUCCAGAAUUAGAGAUCCUCAAGUCCCCUCAAAGCCAUCCACUUACAAAUUCACUUAUGGUUUUGACACGGCUUUUGAACGAAAUUCAAAGCUAUCAGAAGGAGCAAGAGGAGGGGAAACCAAACCUUGUUCUGCUACACAUGAAGGGAAAUCCCAAUUUGGGGGCUGAAGAAUCAAUUGGGAUCAUACAAAAGAUGUUGGAAGAAAAGAAGAAAGAGUUUCUAGAACAUGCUCUGGUAAUUAUUAAUGGCAUCAAUGGUGAUGGUAUGCCAGAGGCAUGCAAAAAACUCCACCUCUUCUGCCUCAAAGUUUUUCAGAUGUUUUUCAAUUCUACAAAUGUAUUUGACUCCCCAACAGAAUUGCUUGCUGACAUCAACAAAGCAAUUUAUGAUCCCUUGAGAGUGGAUGCACAAGGAAUAUCAAAGAAGGAUAAAAAAAUUUUGGCUAGCUAUGGAAAAUCCCAGACUACUUGUGUUAUGAAAGUCCAAGGGAACUUAAGGAAAGAAUUUGUGGCCAAACCUUACUUGGGAUAUGGGGUCUUGUCACUUAAGCUGAGAAAACCAACUAUAUUACGACAUUUCGGAAUCUCAAGGUUUGCAACUAUUCCGGCUACUGGGUUUAACCCUCCUCCUCUAGCUUCAUGUACUCGUUUAUAAAUAUUCAAUUUUUACUACAGAUGAAUAAGUGGUUAGUUAGUCAUCUUAAUGUAAUAAUUCAUUUUUCUUCUGUGGAGCAAUGUGGCAACUGCUGCAUAGACCCCUUAAUUUGUGUGACCAUGUAUAAUAAUUUCUUAGAGUGGAUUUUCACCCCUAUGGCCGAAA